UGGGCAUUUCACUUUUCCCCAAAUUUUGCACUUUUGGGUUCCGAUGGCUCCAUCUGCCGGAGAAGAUAAACAAAAUUGUCCCAAGAGAGUUGCAGUCAUUGGUGCUGGCGUCAGUGGACUUGCUGCAGCAUACAAGUUGAAAAUUCAUGGCUUGAAUGUCACAGUAUUCGAAGCAGAAGGGAGAGCUGGAGGGAAGUUACGAAGCAUGAGUCAAGAUGGGAUAAUAUGGGAUGAAGGCGCAAAUACUAUGACUGAAAGUGAAGGUGAUGUCACAUUUUUGCUUGAUUCACUUGGACUCCGAGAAAAACUACAAUUUCCACUUUCACAGAACAAACGCUACAUUGCCAGAAAUGGUACUCCUACUCUGAUACCUUCAAAUCCAAUUGACCUGAUCAAAAGCAAUUUUCUUUCCACUGGAUCAAAGCUUCAGAUGCUUUUCGAGCCACUUUUGUGGAAGAAUAAUAAGCUUACAAAGGUGUCUGACGAACACGAAAGUGUCAGUGGAUUCUUCCAGCGUCAUUUUGGAAAGGAGGUUGUUGACUAUCUAAUUGACCCUUUUGUUGCUGGAACAUGUGGUGGUGAUCCUGACUCGCUUUCAAUGCACCUUUCGUUUCCAGAGUUGUGGAAUUUAGAGAAAAGGUUUGGCUCAGUCAUAGUUGGGGCAAUUCGAUCCAAGUUAUCACCUAUAAAGGAAAAGAAACAAGGGCCACCCAAAACUUCAGUAAAUAAGAAGCACCAGCGGGGGUCCUUUUCAUUUUUGGGCGGAAUGCAAACACUUACUGACGCAAUAUGCAAAGAUCUCAAAGAAGAUGAACUUAGGCUAAACUCUAGAGUUCUGGAAUUAUCUUGUAGCUGUAGUGGGGACUCUGCGAUAGAUAGCUGGUCAAUUUUUUCUGCCUCACCACACAAGCGGCAAGCAGAAGAAGAAUCAUUUGAUGCUGUAAUUAUGACGGCCCCUCUCUGUGACGUUAAGAGUAUGAAGAUUGCUAAGAGAGGAAAUCCAUUUCUGCUCAACUUUAUUCCUGAGGUCGAUUAUGUACCACUAUCUGUUGUUAUAACCACAUUUAAGAAGGAGAGUGUAAAGCAUCCCCUUGAGGGUUUUGGAGUGCUUGUACCCUCCCAGGAGCAAAAACAUGGUCUAAAGACACUAGGCACCCUCUUCUCUUCUAUGAUGUUUCCAGAUCGUGCACCCAACAAUGUCUAUCUCUAUACUACAUUUGUUGGUGGAAGCCGAAAUAGAGAACUCGCGAAAGCCUCAAGGACUGAGCUGAAAGAGAUAGUAACUUCUGACCUUAAGCAGUUGUUGGGUGCUGAGGGAGAGCCAACAUCUGUGAAUCAUGUAUGCUGGAGUAAAGCAUUUCCGUUGUAUGGGCAUAACUAUGAUCUAGUCCUAGAUGCAAUUGACAAAAUGGAGAAAAAUCUUCCUGGAUUAUUCUAUGCUGGUAACCACAAGGGAGGAUUGUCAGUUGGCAAAGCACUAUCUUCUGGAUGUAAUGCAGCAGAUCUUGUUAUAUCAUAUCUUGAAGCCGUUUCAAAAGACACCAAAAACCAUAGCUGAAAUCUAUUUCUCUUGCAGG